AGGUAAGGAAGCGCGUGUGUGGAGUAAGUGUUCCGCCCCCUUACUCCAUCCUUUCCCUAUUACUGUUACUUAUACUCUUCCUCUGCUGGAUAUUACAGCCCCAAAGAUAAAUAAAGCCAACAAACCAUCCAUACACCGGUGCGAGGCGUGAGUCUUGGAGCUUCCUGCGGCGCCUCCUGUCUUUCGUGAGCCAGUGUCUCUCCACCACCACCACCACCACCACCACCACCACCACCACCAAUACGCCCCACAGCUUACCAUUCGGUUCACCUUGCCACACAACCUUUAAAAGAGGUGAGAAGAUGUGUAUGUUUGUUACUGAGUGACAUCGCACGCCGCCACGAGGACCAGCACCCCAGGCCGCAGUGAGCGCCGCCUCGUCCUGCAGACGCCUGUGUGAAGGAUGUGAUCGCAGUGCAUGGUGUUCAGUGAGGUAAUGGUGGCGAUGGGGCGUGACCUCGGUAAGGGCUGAGGUCCCCGCGGCUCGCUGCACCUCACGCCCCUGCCUGGCCACGUGACGAUGCCCAAGGGCGGUUCACACGUCCCGGUGGCGUCUGCAACGGGCGUUAACGCGAUGCUCCUGAGGAAAGUGAGGUCCCGCCCUUCGCUGCUGGUCACCUCCGCCAGAUGGAGGACUCUCUGAUUGCCCCUGCACGUUCCCCUGAGCGAAAUGCAGGGCGCGGGCGGCGGGCGGAGGCAGGAACAUUCCUCUGAAGAAGAAGACCUCCAGAACUCCUCCCGGCGCCCCUCUGACGCUGACGACGAGGAAAGCGUGAGCACCAUGAUGAGCGAGACGCCGCCCCAGCUGAGCCAUCGCGAUCCCGGCGACAUGUUGGAGGUGUACGCCGACGGGGACUUUGAGGACGGGGAGGAGGAGGAGGAGGAGGAGGAGGAAGAGGACACCUUGGAGCUGGUGGUGGAGACGCUGACCGGCGACUCCUACCGCGUGAGGAUCUCCCAGUGGGACACCGCGGCGAGUCUGAAGGAGCUGCUGUACCGCACGCAAGGCAUCCAUCCCAGCCACCAGCACCUCAUCCUGCGGGACCGCGAGUUGGUGGAUGACGCGUGCCUCAUCGACCAGCAGGUAGUGGACGGCUCGACGCUGCGGCUGGUGCUGGCAAUCCACGGCGGCCCCAUCAAUGCACGCCGCCUGCCUACCCACGACGACCUGCUGCUGCGUGACUUUACCUUCGACGACAACAGGUGGAGGAAUGAAGGAGGAGAGAAAAGUCCUCAGGGUGGCAGCGGACAGACCUUCACCUUCAUUGUGUUCCACGACGACGAGAACGGAAACCUGAACUUUUACCGGGUCAUAGAGAACCCCGACGGCUCCUACUCGCCCCUCAACGAGUCCUCAUCUUCGGGCACCAACGGGCGUGUCGGGGAUGAGGAGGCUUCGGCGCUCAAGACGCAGCUGACGGAGGAGGAGAAGCGCACCAUGGCCCGGAUGGCUGACCUGCGGGUAGAGAUGGACAAGCUCAGGCUGCGCAGCAAGAAGAAGAAGGACAAGAGGAAGGCGGUGGUGAGCAGCACCCACACGUCGCUCAACAGCAGCCUCAAGUCUGUGCCGGGUCGCUUGGAGGAGGUACUCACACCGCGCCUCGACCUGACGGAGAUCUCAGGGCUCGCCGGAGGGGGCACCGCCCACACCACGCCGCGGAAACGAAGCCCCGUGAAGCGGUUAGCGACUGUGCGGCGCGGAUCGCGGCCCACCACGCAGGAAAGAAUGGAGCUUAUGAAAUCUAGCCACGGGCGACCCACCCUGCGUGAGCUGCCCACCGCCAACCCACCCGUGCCCGUCGACUUUUCUCGCCGGAAGCCCCUGGAGGCCAUCCGCCCCCAGCUGAUCGGUGGCCGCCUGGAGGCCGUUGAAGAGAUGCUGGGGAGGGGAGAGAGUUCCGCGGAACAUGGGGGCCGCGUUGCGACGGGCAGGCAACAGGAGGCGUGGCCCAGCAGGGACGCCCCUAACCCGCCACUGUACAUGCUGCCCGAGGUGGUGUCCUCGGGCAAACACAAACGCUACGACAGGGACCGCCUCAACCAUUCCCACAACCAGGAGCUGCUGCGGCCCGUGCGCCACACGGCGGGCCGCCGCCCCAAGACCUCGCCUGAGGUGCUGGAGCGGCGGCCUGGCACCCUACCUGACGCCUUGGGGGAGCGCAUCAUGCUGCGCGACACUGACGACCGUCUGCGGGAGCUGUGCUCCAUCUUGGAGCCAUCCCGCGGAGACUCGCGGCAGUCCAAGCUGCAGGGGAGCCCCCUUGCGGGUACUGGCCUGCCGCCCCUCAGCCUGUCCCACAGCUUCACGGGGAUUGGUCCACCGCCCCGUACCCACAGGAGCAACUCUGUGUCCGUGUCCUUGGCGUCGCUCCGCACCCGCGGGGCCACACCUCCCUCCCCUGGUCAGGGCGCUCUGGUCACCUCAGGUUCCCGGGAGCAGCGGGACGCCCUGAGGGGUCUCAUGCAGAGCCAGGGCGGGGGCGGCGCGUCGCGGCCUAACAGCGGCAGGAUGGCGCUGCCACCAGCCGUGCUACCCCCUGUCACUCCCAAGCGCCGCAAGAAUCGCCGCAAGCCACGCUGCGAGAAGUGUUCGCGGCGCCUCGGAGUGUCCAGUACGUACGAAUGUCGGUGCGGCGGCCUGUUCUGCGCCCAGCACCGCUACUCCGAGACGCACACCUGCUCCUUCGACUACCGCACGGCGGGCCGCGCCAUGCUGGCCCUGGCCAAUCCCCUAGUGGCGCCCAACAGAGUGCCCAAGAUAUGAGGCCGCGACACCCCUGGAGAGAGAGAGAGAGAGAGAGAGAGAGAGAGAGAGAGAGAGAGAGAGAGAGAAUGAGUGACUAACUAUAUUUUCAUUGGUUUUGUAGCUUGGCUCUUUAGAUACUUUAAACUAUGUCAAUUCUCUCUCUCUCUCUCUCUCUCUAAGCGCGGCGGCCCGGCCAGUAUUACCCAGCAGGGAUACCAACAGUGCAAAGCGUAGACACAUUAGAUCAACAGUCAACACACACAAAGGACUCGCUCACCAAGGCGACAAGACUUCACACAAACCCAUAAGCAAGUGUAUAACAUGAAACGAGUGGUAGAGGCAGCCCAGGGAUGGAGUUAAGUUGUGUUAUACGUCAAGGGCACCUCACCUCGAUUUGAACUUCCCGGUAUUCCAAAGACGUGUUGGUUUGUUUAUGCAUUUGUGUAUAAUGAAAGCAUUUUAUUAUUUUUGUUACUUCAUAUUCUUUUAAGUUAAUAGCCAAUUUAUACAAUAUGUGUUUGGUUCGUGUGAAAGGCUCUUUUAUUCGGUUAGGCUACCUAUACAUUUAUUUCUCGCCCUCACGAAUUCAUGUGUUUUCCUCAUACAUACUCAAUCAUACAGAGGUUAUUUAUGCAUUCCACAGAGUAUAUAAUUUCAUGUACCCUAUUUCAAAGCAAACAGCUGUACUUUCAUUUGUGUAGCCUACCACCUUGCUAGGCUACCCUACACUACUCUUAACUACUCACCAUGGUUUGUUUUCAUAAAAGACUAAUUUACUCAGAGAUUACAUACAUAUAUAUUUCAA